AUGGCGAUGUUGAAUGCAGGAAAGCGCAUGGCGGGUCUGAUCGGUUUGGGUGAGUUGGGGCUUGAAUGGAGCAUGGCAAGCUCUCUGCCAUCCACCUGCUCGCUCAUCGCCUCCCAUGUCGCUCGCCAGAUGAGGAGACUGUCAACGCUCAGAUCUUACCUCUACUCGACUCCUUCAAGGAUCCUCGUGCUCUGUCCAAUCAUCUCGAGGUAGGGCGCGCGGCAGAGGCUCUAUCAACGCUUCCGCUGCUCUCCUUUGCUGACCACUUGUGCACCUCUUUUGCGCUGCGCCACACAGGGCCUCCUGGGCUUCUCUCCGGCAGCGACUGCCUUCACGCGAGAGUACGUUCAAGCUCGAUUCCCGCCUCUACUGGCCUCCACGAGCGGCUCGAAGGGAAACGGGAACACUUUCGCAGAAGCGUCAAAGCCUGUGGUCGUCAAGGACGAGACGGCACCGCGAAGGUCCAAGAAGGAACCCAAACCUCGUUUCCCACCGCCCGUUUCUGCGCCACGAGCUGUGGCUAGCGAUGGAUUUGCUACGCAGGGUCAGGCUUACAUCAAGCGAGAAGCUGAACAGCAGAGCUUUUUGCAACCUAGAGCAGCUGCAGGGUCGCGCACGAGCAAAGGAACAUCGAGCAGCUCCAAUCUUGUUCACACAAGCCCCAACACAUCACCCGCCAUCCAACCACGCCCUUUGCCGCCUUCUGCACCAGCCAUGGAGGCCGGAUCGAGCAGCAGCGCGGUAGGACGCCAAGAGAGCCAUACGGCUGCUGAUGAUGGUCUGCCUGAAUUGACCCCUACGGCGGACAUGAUUGCGCUGGACGAGGCAAUCGCAACACUGACUUUGGUCGGGGAGGUGGGUGGAGCGUCCACCAAACAGAAGAAGAAGCGCACCGAGAAACCUUGUUUCUGUCACGGUGAGUGCACGGGAAGAAUCGCGCACAUGUGGAUGAGAAGCUCAACUCGUCCAUCUUUUCAACUUUGGCAGCUCGAGUACAUCCAGUUCAUCCGCAUGUGCCGCAAUGCACAGCUUGCGGCUUGAUCAUCUGCACCGCCAUGACCUCUCUGGUCUUUGCAGCCAGCUCCACCUGUCCCUCUUGCGCCUCUCCACUCCUCUCUGAUUCGAAACGAGCAGCGCUCGUGUCCAAACUUUCGGCCUCUCGCGAUCUUCUUGCGGACGCGCAGAGAGCUCGUCAAGUCCGAGUGCGCGAAGAGCGUAGAAAGGCAAGAGAGGAUCAGAGAGCUGCUAGACCUCCCGAGGAGCUGUUUCCAGAACUGGGGGGAUCUGGCCUGAUGAGGAGCAGGCCUAGACCGGUGGAUGUAGCGAUGGGAAGAGCCGUGGUGCCGGAUGCAGAGAGAAAGGCGAAAAUGUUGACGCUCAAUUCGAAGACGCACAAAUUGAAAGCUGCAAAGCCGAAGAAGAAGAAAAAGGGCGUUUCGGAUAUCAAGCAGAGCCCUAGCAUCUCGCAAGGCAUCGCGGCAUCGAACUCCGGCCAAGCGACUGUUCCCGUUGAUUGCGCUGCGCCUGCAGCCCAGCAGCUUCAAGAAGAGCCCGAGGAGUCGUCGGAAGAGGAAGAUGAGGAAGAGUACGAUCCUCUUGGAUUAGGACUAGUCCCCGAUCCUGACGACGACGGCUUCUCGAUGCACGGUCUUGCCGGUCCGCCGGUCCGCAUCGUGCCGAACGGAUCGGCUAGCGAAUCGCCGAGCUGGUGGGGUCUUGCACCUCGCUUGGAUGGCGAACCGUGCGCUUUGGAGUAUGUGGCUCUGCCCGACAGACCCGUCUGGGGAGCAAAGAAGGCAGAGGAAGAGGAAGAGGCGGCUGCGAUGGAGAGGGCAAAGGAAGGAGAGGAUAAGAGAAAAGCCCCGCCUGGAAGCGAUGCAGUUCAGAAGGGAAGAGGUAGACCGAAAAGGAAAGAGAAACCGAAGCUGGCAAAGGACGCGGGCGCUCUGCCAUCGGUCUGA